GUGGGAGAUCAUAUUUACCCUGUGGGAGAUCAUAUUUACCCUGUGGGAGAUCAUAUUUACCCUGUGGGAGAUCAUGUUUCCACUGUUGGGUGCUUAUAAAAUUCCUUUCAGUCACCAUUAGUAAACAUACAUCAUUAUUUGUCUGUCAGUUGAUCUUCAGUUUUAGAACUUCGAAUCAAGUAUUUUGGACCCAACUUCCCACCUUGUCCUUCGCUAAUUCUUCGCUUUAUUUCUCGUGCAGUUCGACCGUUCCAGUCGUACCAAGUCCGAGUCUCUGUGUGGACUGGAGGAAGUUCUCAGUUGCCUCCAGCCCAGCGAAUUCGAGGAUGAACAGCUCUCCAGGUUCAAGGGAAUGUGCUGGACCGACUUUGUCAGCUUCAUGGAGGACGGACCUCAGGGAGAUCAGGACUCGCCCACCUCAACAGAGUCCCAGGACACGCCGCUACUGCAAGAGACCAGCGUAACGAACCCAACCAGCAUAGCAAACCCGACCAACCUACCGACCCCGCCAGUGGUGGCCCUCAAUGACCAGGCGCUGCUAAUCACCCCGACGAAACCCGAGCCCCGACUCGACUCUGCUGACAGACGGGAAAAGCUUGACCGCCUGUCGGCCCUCUCGUGCCUUGACCGUGAGACGCCGCUGCCCAGGAAGCGUCACCCAAUGACCAUCAUGCGGACCAUGAGUGAACGGUCCCUGGACCGCGGGAGGGUAGGGCUUCUCAACAUGCUAAGUGAGCGGGUCCACACGGAACGAUCGCCCGUGAAGACCUUCAAUAAGUCGCCCUUGAUCGGCAACAGCGCCAAGAUGGGAGGGGCUCUGACGGGCGUAGAGAAAGCGCUGGCUUCCCUCAACAAGACCGAGACCAAGAGACGAGAGGCGGUCUGGGACCUCUUCCAGUCCGAGUGCGCCUUCCUCUACGAUCACUUAAUGGUCCUUAAAAACGUGACCUACGCGUUCUGCAAGGAGUUUAUCAACCUACUGGAGCAACAUCAGGUGCCCGUGGGUCACCUAGACACCACUAAUGUCUUGGUCAAGCUCUUUCAGAAGGGUAGCAAGGCGACCAUGCUGUGUCAAGCCUACCACCGCUAUGCUCUCAACUACAUCAACGCUCUCAACUACCUCGAGACCCUCAGAAGACAACUCGAAUUCUGUGAAUUCGAAAAGUGGUGCAAUAGGGACCCGCGUUGCAAGAAGCUGCAGCUGACAGACCUGCUGGUGGCACCCGUUCAACACAUCAUGAAGGUGCCACUCAUCCUGAGAGACAUCGAGGGUCGAACUGAGGACCCUCAGGAGAGAGCGGUGGUGAGAGAGAUCAUCGAAGCUGAGGAACACUCUCUCAGAGAACUGGACGACAAGAUGAAGUGGCUGAAGAACUUUGAGCGUCUCUUGGAGAUCCAAAGGAACAUCGUGUGGCCGCCCGUCACAGAACUUGACCCCAAGGUCUACAUUCCGGAGUUCCUCAAGGGAGCCAUCUCGCGACAGCCUUGUGAGCGUCUGAUUGUGUCACCACGAAGACAGAUCAUCCUUGAAGGUUCUCUACACAUGUUAGACCACAACAAACCCCAGGAAAUGUACGUCAUCCUCUUCGACGAUAUGCUCCUCAUCACCCGCAGGAAGAAGGGACUCCAUAAAAAGAAAUCGUCCCUGACGGAGAACUGGCCAAGUUCGUGCUCCAGGGGAUCUACAGGGAGCGACUCCGCCCUCCGCUACAUCGUCUACAAGCAGCCUCUUUCCUUGGACCGCUUCUUCAUCCACGACGUCACUCCUCAGGAGUCUGCAGCCUCCAAGCUCGAAGCUGCCUUCGUUCUCGUCAACCUCAACCGCUUCCAGCAGAUCGUCGCUGUCUACACCUUCCAGGCCCAAACUGAUCAGAUUAAGCAAACUUGGCUAAUGAAGCUAAGAGACACACAAGACAAGUGGAAAAGAACACUGCAGAACACAGUGUUCAGAUCCCAGCGCCUCUCCUCAGCCACCACUCCACCUAGGAGCUCACAAAUCCUGAAGGAAGCCAGCAUCCACAGAGAGUAUCCGUGAACACACUGCUCCGUAAAACGUCUAGGAUAUCCUUACAGAAAACGAUAAAAUAAAACAAAGAGGCUGUCUUCGCCUCUAGGCCUAGUGAAGUCUGGCCUCUCCGCCCGUGCGCGCAAAAGUGUAUCGAGAGGUGAAGUGGUCUUCAGAUCCGUGGUCUGGCCUCGCACAUGGACGUUACGGUCCAGAGACACCACACACAGACUUGAGUGCCACGAUGCUCACCAUCACAAACACACGCACAUGCACACACACCGCCGAAUCUUGAUAAAUAAUUCUCUAUAUUCUUCAUCCAUCACUGAUAACACACCACCAUCGUCAUCACAUCUCUAUAUACGAAUGUCAAGUUCCUUCGAUACACUCGCCCUGUUCAU